CCUCCGGACUCUUUUGAGCAACGAGCACUUCCGGAAUCUCCCAGCCGCUCGGUGGCAACAGCGUGGUCCUCCUGCCAAAGUCAGUCUCUCGGCUCCCUUUCGCAGACCCGCUUUUCUCGCGUCCUCGCUCGCCUUGUGUUUCCCGGUCUCAUGGCCGGCCUGACCCUGUUUGUGGGCCGUCUCCCGCCCUCGGCCCGCAGUGAGCAGCUGGAGGAGCUGUUCAGUCAGGUGGGGCCGGUGAAGCAGUGCUUCGUGGUGACUGAGAAAGGGAAUAAGGCAUGUCGAGGCUUUGGCUAUGUCACUUUUUCUAUGGCGGAAGAUGUUCAGAGGGCCCUGAAGGAGAUUACUACCUUUGAAGGUCGCAAGAUCAAUGUGACUGUUGCCAAGAAAAAACUGAGGAACAAGACAAAGGAAAAGGGGAAAAAUGAGUCCCCAAAGAAGAAUAUGAAGCCUAAAAAAGCCAAAGUGGCAGAUAAGAAAGCCAGAUUAAUUAUUCGGAACCUGAGCUUUAAGUGUUCAGAAGUUGACUUGAAGACAAUAUUUACUCAAUUUGGAGCUGUCCUGGAAGUAAAUAUCCCUAGGAAGCCAGGUACUAAUGGAAAGAUGCGUGGUUUUGCUUUUGUUCAGUUCAAAAACCUCCUAGAAGCAGGUAAAGCUCUCAAAGGCAUGAACAUGAAAGAGAUAAAAGGGCGGACAGUGGCUGUGGAUUGGGCCGUGGCAAAGGAUAAAUAUAAAGAUAUUCAGUCUGUUUCUGCCUCAGGUGAGGAAAAGAGCCAGGAACCUAAAUCUCAGGAAUCAGUUAAAAAGAAUGGCAGGGGGAAAGAGAAUAUGGAAGAGGAAGAAAAAGAUGAUGAUGAGGAUGACGACGACGAUGACGAUGAUGACAACGACGAUAAUGAUGACAAUGAUGACGACAAUGAAGAGGAGGAGGAGAGUAAAGACUCAAAGUUGAUGGAGCCUGUGCAGAUUCAGAAGAGAGCAGUCAAAAGAGCAGCCUCCACAGAAAGCAGUGAAGAAGAUCAUUCUGACGAAGACAGUGACCUGGAGGAGAGAGAUAGUAUUGAUGGAGGAGAGGAACUGGCUCAGAGUGACGCCAGCACUGAGGUGCAAGAGGAUGAAGAUGUGCAAGUCUCAAGGAAAAAGAAGAGGAAAUUACCGUCUGAUGUGAAUGAAGGAAAAACUGUUUUUAUCAGAAAUCUGUCCUUUGACUCAGAGGAAGAAGACCUUGGGGAGCUACUUCAGCAGUUUGGAGAUCUUAAAUAUGUCCGCGUUGUCUUGCAUCCAGACACAGAGCAUUCUAAAGGUUGUGCAUUUGCCCAGUUCAUGACUCAAGAAGCAGCUCAGAAAUGCCUUAUUGCUGCUUCUCCAGAGAAUGAGGGUGGUGGGCUUAAACUGGAUGGCCGGCAGCUCAAGGUUGACUUGGCAGUGACCCGUGAUGAGGCUGCAAAGCUUCGAACAAAGAAGGUGAAGAAGCCGACUGGAACCCGGAACCUCUAUCUGGCCCGAGAAGGCUUGAUUCGUGCUGGGACGAAGGCUGCAGAGGGUGUCAGUGCUGCUGAUAUGGCCAAAAGAGAACGGUUUGAACUGCUGAAACAUCAGAAACUCAAGGACCAGAAUAUCUUUGUCUCCCGGUGCAGACUCUGCCUGCACAAUCUCCCAAAGGCGCUGGAUGACAAACAGCUCAGAAAGCUGCUGCUGGAUGCUACGAGAGGGGAGAAGGGGGUGCGCAUUAAGGAGUGUAGGGUGAUGCGAGACCUUAAAGGAGUUCAUGGAAACAUGAAAGGUCAGUCCCUAGGCUAUGCCUUCGCAGAGUUCCAGGAGCACGAGCAUGCUCUGCGAGCUCUCCGCCACAUCAACAACAACCCAGAAAUCUUUGGGUCUCAGAAGAGACCAAUAGUGGAAUUCUCUUUGGAAGAUCGGAGGAAACUUAAAAUAAAGGAACUAAGGAUCCAGCGCAACCUGCAAAAAAUGAGAUCCAAGCCUGUGACCAGUGAGCCCCAGAAGGGGCAACCAGAGUCUAGGAAAGACCAGCAAAAGAAGGCAGCUCAGAACCACACAAAGGAGCAAGGCAAGGCUCCUCCAGAGCAGAAGGGAAAGGUGGGCUCUACCUCAUGGACAGGGUUCCAGACCAGGGCCGAAGUGGAGCAGGUGGAACUGCCUGAUGGAAAGAAGAGAAGAAAGGUCCUGGUGCUCCCUUCACACCGGGGCCCCAAGAUCAGGUUGCGGGACAAAGGCAAAGUGAAGUCCCUUCCUCCCAAAAAGCCAAAGCUUCAGAUAAACCAGUGGAAGCAGGAGAAACAGCAGUUAUCUUCCAGGCAGGUACCUAAGAAAAAAGCUAAGGGAAAUAAGACAGAAACACGCUUCAACCAGCUGGUUGAACAAUAUAAGCAGAAAUUGUUGGGACCUUCUAAAGGGACACCUCUUGCAAAGAGGAGCAAAUGGUUUGAUAGUUGAUAAUGCCAGCAGACUGGAUAAGAAGCUGGGUCGUGUACUUUUUGGUGAAGCUCCCAGGUUCCUCCCUACCCCCCCCCAUGUCUUUCCCUGAAGGGAAGAAAACCCUUGAGGGCACAAUUACUCUCUUGGGAGGCUCCCUGGGCUGUGCACAUCUGAACUGUCUCUCCUCCAGUGUGUGGUUGGUUACCUACAAAGAGAAAUACCCAAAAAACAUCACGAUGUUUUCAUAUUAUCCAGAUUAUUAUGUGAAGUUGUGUCUAUAAUUGUGACCCAUUUUUCUUUGUUUCUCAAAUGGAAACAAAUGUAAAAAGCAUUUUAGAGUGCUGAACUUUUAAGAUGUAUGUUUUGUUAAGCAUCUUCUCUAAAUGAAAUACUGUGUGGCUUUUUAAUAACAGACUCUCUCAUUUCUAAUGUAUGUGAAUCCUUUAUUAUUUAUGAAGGUUCUUGACAUUCCUAACUAAUUUGGUUACAUAGUCCUACACACUGCAGGAGUUGACUGAGCAGAGAGAAAUGCUUUCUAACCUAAUCUGUGUGGGUGGGAGGCACUUGGAGAUUAAUGGAGGAUGGUGAGGCCUGGCAGAGAGUGGUGCUGGCACCUGAUAUGUGUUUGCAGAAUGAGGGGGUGAUUAUUGAUAGUUGACCAGAAAUCAGUUUGCAGUGGCCAAAAGAGACUAGCCUGGUGAGUGAUGACCUGCGUUUCUGUCAGAGAGCUAGUGGGUGUGGCGGGACAAACAGUAAGCAUGAGGCCCAGCUAUAGCCUAACCUGCCAUCACCCAGUGGGUGGCCUUAGGCCACAUGCUGUUUCUUUGAGUCUUGGUUUUCUCAUCUAUAGAAUAAGGAGUUUAACUAAAUGUUUUCUUUGAUCCAUCCCAGCUCUGAACUCUUUUUCUAAUUCAUUCCCAUCUAUAUUCAAAUUCUUUCCCUUUUCUAAAUUUUAGAGGUGUCACAAAAGCUGAGAGGGGUGGUAAAUAUCAGAGAGUCAUGGUCCAUUAGCAUCCUGAUGGCAUGAAGGAAAGGGCUGAGUCUGAUAA